UUAGAUAACGAAGUAAGUACAUAUUAUCAUCGAUACGUUACAAAUCGAUAUGGGCAUGCAUUCGGUGACAAUCGAUUCAGAUUCAAUAUGGUAAUCAGUGCGUCGUAGCUACCCAACAUUUAGCAUCACGCUAAUGUGAGUAAGCGCGUGAAAAGUUAAAUAAAUAUUGGAUAAUCUUACACAAAUCUACGUAUAGGCCUUUCUGAAUAUAUUAUACGUCUAUACAUACAUUUACCUAUGUAAAUAUCUAGGAAACAUAAUUAUAAAAACUCAAAAAUGCGCGUUUUCUUAGAGAUAAGACUAGCUAGGUCAAUUUUUCGCCCCCGAAAACCACCAUAUAGCAAAUUUUAUCGAAAUCAUUAAAGCCGUUUCCGAGAUCCCCGAAAUGUAUAUAUAUAUAUAAAUCAUAUUAAAAACAAAUUAUAUACAUAAAUAUGCAGAAUAUAUCUAAAACUCAGGAAAACCUAUUCGCGAUACCUAAACACAAAUAAAAACUACAUAGCGUGUGAUAUAAUGAUUAAGAAACUGCUUUCUCUUACAUUAACAAAACUAAAUGUGCGUGCCUAAAACCAAUGAUAAUUUAUAGAAUUUAUAAUAUUAUACUUAAUAAUUAAAUUGCUUGCUAAUCAUGCGUGAAUUAAUUUGAUUUUUUAAACUACGUUGCUAUGGAAGGUAAAGUUAAGGAACGCAAUCUCCAUAGGCAGAACUUAUGCAAAAGUGUCCAGUGGUCAGCUAUAUAUAAUAGUUCCAAAUCUCUCCAGAUUAGCGCUAGAGUAGCUAAGAACCUAGGCGUUAUUGACGGAGUGAAGUGCGCUGUCUAUGAUUUGAUUUUCUUUUCAAGUAUUCUAGGUAUUGUAGCGUAUUUAAGGUUUUUUGAUGACACUUUUUGGUAUAUGGAGAUUCCAUUCCUUAUCUCCACCUUCCGUAUACGUUGCGCUCUCACCCGGUACAUACCCUAUUGGGUAUGUAUGAUUAGUAUCGAAUCUCGUCGAAUUUCCAUUCAAAAAUUAAACUUCAGAUUUAUAGAGUAUUUUUAAUUAUAUUUGUAUUAAAUGAUCUGUUUCCGAAUAUAGUCCUCGGACAAGUGCAACGCGUUGAUGUCGCGGUGCGCGUUAUCGGGAAAGCGCGCGAAAAGCGGCCCGAGCCUCAGUAGCCUCGCGCCCUCCAGACGAGAUGGUCGCCGCGCGCGCGCUCGGCCUCGCCGCGAUCCUCGCACUCGCGUGCGCCCACCUGCCCUCCCACGACAACAUACUACGAAUACAACUAUGGGACGCCGAAGGUCUAACUAGGGAACCCGUGACCGCUGCGCCGGCAAGAAAAAAGUUGAAAGUCAACUUGGAUUCGCUCUACAAAGCCAUGCUUGAAGAAGACGGUGGCGAAGUUGGGAGAUUCACCAGACAUAAAGUGCGGCAUAAGCGGCGAAGGCCGCGCGAACUCCAAGAAAACUUAGUUAAAGUCCCAUGGCGGUUUCAUGAAGGGAACACUUCGUUAAACGUUAUUGAGUAUGAAGGUGAUGAGCCUCCAGACUUGUGGUCUCUGGACAGUGAAGUGAGUGACAGUGCUUACAUGAAUAAGCGUCCCGAGCCAGAUCCACCGAAGGCUUACCGGCAGGAGCAGGACCAAGACGAAGAAAUCAAGAAACAGCUGCCAGUCGUGCCAAAGUGCUGCGACAGCGGUCAAAACCUCACGUUCACGAUGCAGAACGGCGCGACGCGGUCGGUGUGCGCACGGAGCAGCCUCACCUUCCAGCCCGUCUUCCACAAGGCCAACGAGUCGCACAUCUGGAGUUAUGACAGCAACGUGUUUGAGACCAUCGUGGGAAACCCCUGUACUUACGACAGAUACAAACUGGAACCAGACAAAAUCAGCGAAGACGAGUUCUACCUCCUCGUUAACGGUUCUCUCUUCGUCCCAUUCAGCAAGCCCCCUCUACUCAGCACCAAAGACUUCUGCAUGGAGACGUUUUACAACGAGUCCAAUCCCGCGGGUAUCACGUUACCUUUGGUGUGCUUCCCUCAGCCUGUGGAGACGGCUAAGACUUCUACUACGCUCAUACUUUACGCCGUAGGUUUACUAAUCUCCGUGCCAUUUCUGCUUGCAACGGCGUGCGUGUACACAUUCAUCACCGAGCUGCGAGACACGCAUGGCAAAGCUCUGGCAUGCCAUUCCACAUGUCUGGCAAUAGCCUUUUCCUGUCUGGCGGCGACGCAACUGGCGGGCCAUGCGUUUCCUGUCUUGGCCUGUACUAUCAUGGCGUACCUCAUCCAGUUUUCGUUCGUGUCCUGUUUUUUCUGGUUGAACGUUAUGAGCUUCGAUAUUUUUCUAAAUGUUAGGCGAUAUCUGAACUCCUCCGUAAGUAGAAGAAGCAUGCGACGCCGCUUCGCAUGGUACUGCGCGUACGCGGUGGUUCUACCGGUGAUCUUAUUGGUGGUCACCAUUAGUAUGGAGCUGUCGCCGGCCGUGCCCAGCACUUAUCUCAAGCCUAACUUCGGGGUUAAGGGCUGCUGGUUCAAAACGGACCAAGCAGCCCUACCCUACUUCUACGGGCCCGUGGCGACCAUCUUGCUCAGCAACCUCGUCAUCUUCGUGUGCACGUCGCGGGCGUUCGCGAAACACUAUGACAAGCUGAAGGAUGUUACGCCACUAGACUUGGUCCAUUCGGACUUCAGUACGACGGACGAUUGGGUGCGCCUGGGCACAGUAUUAGGACAGCCAUUGGCUGUUCCCGAGCGCUCGCCCACGAGAGACAGUGGCGGAUUCACGCAGCGGUUAAAAAAGUAUAGAAAAAUCUUCCGUACAAGCUGCCUGCUCUCCGUCAUCAUGGGGCUAUCCUGGGUGCUGGAGGUGGUGUCCUGGUGGGCAGGCGCAGGCUCCAGCUCCGUCUCCGUGUGGUCGGUGUUCGACAUCAUCAACGCUCUGCAGGGCGUCGUGAUCUUCGCCAUGUUUGUGCUGCAGCAGCCAGUACGCUCCUACGUGAAGCUAUCAAAAUUCUGCCAAUUCUGCCGACGAAGAAGGGACGGUUCAGAAGUAUCUGUGGUCAGUGCAAAGUGCAGCGUUGGUUCCGGUAGGAGAGACUUCGUGUAAAGUGUAUCUACUAGUUUAAGAACUGGAAUGGUAUCACCCUUACCAUGUUAUUCAUCGCGUCAAUAAACGCUAGCGACAGUUUCAACUCGCAGUGCAUAGGUAUAUAUUGGAAAGGUUGAAAUGCUACGCUACCAAUUCCCGCGUUAAACUUGGUAAGGGUAAAUGUAAAAUUAUAUCAACUGGUCCUUCCUCUGAAUGGUACUGGCUCACAGAUUCAUCUGCUACUGGUAUCAAAAUAUAGGUUACAUUUUGCCGCAUCCACUUGUUCAAUGGCAUAAAUCCAUUGAAUUGUUAUUACAAAUAAACCGUCGCAAUCGCAACCUGUACCACGCGAACAAAACGUCGUAAGCGCCGUAAAAAAUCAUGGCGCUUAUGUGUUUAGGUCGUGAGAUUCACGCUCCAUUUCUAUGGUUUGAUGUCAAAACAAAAUACUGGUUUUCUGCUUUUCUGUGCCAGUUCUAUAUGUAGAGUAAUAAUAGUUCAAUGCAGUUUUGAAAUAUAUAUAUCCAUCAGAUAUUUGUUUGAAAUAAAUUCUCGAGACACCCGUUUAAAGUGCGAUGCGAUAAAUUGUCUGCUGUAUGGACUUGUUGUAUAAAAUGGUCGCGUUUAAGAGCUGUCACAUUAUAGACGCUCGAGACUGAUAUUAGUAACAGUAUUAUUCUUUAAGAUCGCUUCAGUGGUUUGAUCUCUCAGUUUUAUUUUGUUGCAUCUAUCUACACACUUUGUCUUUCAACGCCACGCCUGUUGUGUGCGGCGCGUCGUUGUGAAUCUUGUCGGGAUACAGAAGGUUGAUGUUGAUUUUGAGCUGUAACCACGCACGACAGUUGACGUCAUUAGCGGUCAAGGGGUUUUGUUUGAAUGAUUUAUGGUUAGUUCCA